AUGGAUGAUCCUAAGGAUUUCAAAGACCGUUUUGGGAGACUUUUAUUUGUUCUAUAUACUGAUGUUGAGGAUGGUCUUCUCUGUACUUUGGUUCAUUUCUAUGAUCCUGUUUAUCGGUGUUUCACUUUCCCCGAUUAUCAGUUAUUUCCUACCAUGGAGGAGUAUCCUUAUCUUUUAGGUAUGCUAGUUUAUGAUAGAGUUCCUUUUAGUGGAGUGGAAGGGAUUCUUGAGUCUCGAGUUAUUGCUGAAGCUAUUCACCUGAGGAAAUUUGACAUAGAUGUCAAUCUCACUGUCAAAGGAGACAAGUUGUCUCACCAGUACAAUACUCGAGCUAAUCAACUAAAGAAGAUGGAUCAUCUAGAGCAAGAGAAUCGUGAACUUCGUAAAGAGGUGACUACUUUGAGGGGCAGUUAUGAAAUGCUUACUACUAUGAUGGAAACUCUGGUGGCUGCUCAAAAUCAACCACCUCCUUCUCCUCAGACUUCGCUCCAGAGGACUGUGAUUUCUAAAAUUGUGUCUACGCCCAUUUUUAUGGCUCCAGUCAGUGCUCUGCAGCACUACAUGCCUUCUGGUUUCCCUUGGGGCAUGCCUCAUAACUUUAUGCCUGAAGGGUAUCAACCUGCUGUUGAAGUUCCUAUGGCUCAACCAGUUAUGUCAAUACCACCUCUCGUAGUUCAUGGUGCUCCUUAUGUCAAAGAACCCAUUUUUCAUGUUGAUCAGAGUGAAACUGUUGGCGUCUAUGAAAGGAUGGACGAGUUUUAA